AUGUCCUCCUCCUCCCUCCUCCCCUCCUCCCCCAACGAGCGCACCGAAAAACCCCCCAACAAUCCUCCCCGCAAGUCCACUACCACCCUCAUCCUCCCAACCCUCCAAACCUCCCUCUCCACAAUCGGCCAUUUCCUUUUACCAGAAUGUCUCAUUGUGCAUUCUCCUCCGCAAGUCCUCCACGAAACUUCUUGGCUCGACGGGCUGCGAGGCGUGGCGGCUUUGUUGGUGGUGCUGCAGCAUGAACAUGCUAUGGUGAAUAUGGGGUUGCAUCGAUGUUAUGGUUAUGGCCAUGAUGAUGAGACGAGGUCGCUGGCGUAUUGGCCUGUGGUGCGAUUGUUGUUUUCUGGAGGCUCGUUUGCUGUGAUGGUGUUUUUUUAUAUUUCUGGGUUCGUCGUCCCACGAAGAAUGAUCCAAAUGCUACACGAAGGGCGACAAACCGAGUACAUGGAAGCACUACAAUCGGCCAUAAUCCGCAGACACGUCCGUCUCCUCAUGCCAGCAUUUUUCAGCGCUCUGCUCAUCAUCGUAUUCUAUCACAUUACCGGAUUCGAGGAGAACUGGUCCGGUGGCCGCGCCAGUAAUAUUUUUGUGGAAUUUCUCUGGUGGAUAUUGGAUUGUCUGCACACUCUCAACUAUUUCACUGCCUUUGCCAUGCGGUACAACCCUGUCACGUGGACUAUUGUGGUCGAAUUGAAAGGUAGCAUGGCCAUUUUCGCAUGGCUGUUUGUGGUUCAUCGACUCCGUCCGCAGAGAAGGAUAUUGCUCACGCUUGCAUUGAGUUUUUUUCUUGUCUUAUUCGGUUUGGGCUCCUGGUUCGCCGCCUUCUUCGUCGGCAUGCUCUCAUGCGAACUCGACCUUCUAAACGCUUCAGGUGAACUCACGCACAUCUGGCUCCCCUGGACGAAAAUUUCCCACUAUCUUGCCCAGCACAAACGUCUACAUGCCCUCGUGCUGAAUGCAGGGAUCAUUCUGGGUCUGCUAUUUGCUUCCACGCCGAUGCUCAAAGGACCGUCGGCGAAAGAGGCGAUUGAGCGCUGUGCGUGGCCAGAGACGCUAUUCAAUAUUGUUCCGUACCAUUAUUGGCAGAACUGGCCGACUCUUGAAUAUCGCGAUUUCUGGUACUUCUGGGGCGCCUGCUUACUCGGAAUAUCAAUCAAAGAAGUCAAAUGGGCCAAAAGCCUCUUCGAGACAAAUUUCGCACAGUAUCUCGGAAGACAUUCCUUCUCCCUCUACCUCACCCACCUCGUCGUCGGCGCAACAUUUUCGCGUAUAAUCUUCAUCCUCUGCGGAUAUUCUCAUCUCGGAGGACCCGAUGCGAAUUGGCCCUUUGAUCGCAUCGCAGUAGGCGCGUGGCACGACUAUUUUCCCGCAAGUGUGGGACCUCAGGGAUUGACGCCGGGGAUUAUCUUGAAUUUGAUGUUGACUCUCCCCGUGAUGUUUUUUGUUGCGGAAAUGGGGACGAAGGUGUUUGAUCGGCCGAGUGUGAGGUUGAGUCAGUGGGUGUGGGAGUGGUAUCAGUUGUUAUGAUAGAUGGUGUGUACAUAGCACAUGUUUCCGAAGGAGUGUGUGUUUUCAUAGAUACCU